GGGCGCGUGGCCGACGGGCGGUGGAAGUGGAGGAGGGUGGGGGGGAUGCAGCAUGGCCGAGCCGCCCGGCGCCCCGCACCGCACCACCGGUUCCACCUUGCUGCACCCGCUGAGCGGGCUGCUGGGCAUCCCGCUGGACCAGAUCAAUUUUGUAGCCUGUCAACUGUUUGCACUUUUGGCUGCAUUUUGGUUUCGUAUUUACUUGGGUCCCAGUCAUGCCAGCUCUGCUGUUCGCCAUGCAUUUGCCACCCUCUUUGGAAUAUACUUUGCUGUCUUCUGCUUUGGGUGGUAUUCCAUUCAUCUUUUUGUCCUGGUGAUGAUGAACUAUGGCAUUAUGAAUAUGGCGAGUAUUCCCAACAUCCACAGGUACUCCUUUGUUGUAGCUAUGGGAUACCUCACGUUGUGCCACAUAAGCCGAAUAUACAUAUUUCAUUAUGGUAUUCUCACUACAGAUUUUUCCGGUCCGCUGAUGAUAAUUACACAGAAGAUCACAACACUUGCAUGCCAGUUACAUGAUGGAAUAGGGCGACAAGCUGAGGAACUCACUGCUGAGCAAAAUCGGCUUGCUGUAAAGACGAGACCUUCUUUGCUAGAGUAUUUAAGCUAUCUCCUCAAUUUUAUGAGCAUCAUAGCUGGGCCUUGCAGCAAUUACAAGGAUUAUAUAGCCUUCAUUGAAGGGAGGCACGUGCACAUGAAACUGUUAGAAGUGAACUGGAAGCAGAAGGGUUAUGACAGACUUCCUGAUCCUUCUCCAACUGGAGCAGUGAUGUACAAGCUGUGUAUCACACUAGUAUCUCUCAUUUUAUUCUUGACACUUACCAAGAACUUUCCUAUGGCAUAUAUUAUUGAUAACGAAUUUCUUGAUAAAACACCCUUCCUGUCAAGACUUGGUUACCUGUAUGUUGUAACACAGGCAGCAAAACCAAAGUAUUACUUUGCAUGGACAUUAGCAGAUGCAGUGAACAAUGCAGCUGGCUAUGGAUUCAGUGGAGUUGAUGAAAAAGGCACUUUCCGCUGGGACCUGUUGUCCAAUUUGAAUAUCUGGAACAUUGAGACUGCGACAAGUUUUAAAAUGUACAUUGAAAACUGGAACAUUCAGACAGCUGCCUGGCUAAAACGUGUUUGCUAUGACAGAGCUCCCUGGUACCCUACGGCGUUAACAUUUAUCCUGUCGGCCCUGUGGCAUGGUAUCUAUCCUGGAUAUUAUUUUACAUUUCUCACUGGAAUCCUUAUCACGCUUGCAGCCAGAGCAAUAAGAAACAAUUGCAGACAUUACUUCCUCUCAUCAGUGCCUCUCAAGAUAGCCUACGAUGUUGUUACCUGGGUUGCCACUCAGCUGGCCGUGUGCUAUACUGUUGCACCGUUCGUUAUGUUGGCUGUUGAGCCCACAAUUAAAUUCUACAAGUCUAUGUAUUUUCACAUGCACGUUCUAAGCAUCCUGGUGUUGCUCGUGUUACCGAUCAGACCUCAAGCCCACUCCAUAAGAAAGCCUCAGAAUCAGGCCACGCAGAACUCUGUUAAAAGCAAAGACAAAUGAUGCUUCCAAAGAAAAUUGCUGACAUUGGGAAAUCAAACUGUCAUGUUGGAAACAAGCAAAGAAGAAGGAAAAUGGGUGGGAUGAGGGUCGAAGUAGCAAACAAGUGGCAUUUCUAUUGGUUAUCUUAAAACCUUACUGGAAAGGGCAGAAAAGAGCCUGGAUGACUGUAUUUCAAAUUAUUCCAGUUAAGAGAGCUUUUACAGGCAACGUUUACAGGCUCAUGGGGCAUUUUGAUUUUUUUUUUAGUAAAUAUUUUUAUGAAGUGUUUUUAUAUAUUUAAACUUUUUCACACAGAGAGGCAUUUUUUGCUCUUUUACAGAAAUAUACAAUUAUUAAUCAGUAAUCUGGUGAUUAGAGGGACAGGAAGCAGCUAAUAAAGAGUUAGACCAGCUGCCUUUGAUAGCCUGGCGCUGUGGGCAGCUGGCCCGGGAAGCUUUUCACCUCCUGGCUCUGGAGAGAGAUGAUACAACUAGAGAACUACGGGCAGGGGGUUGCUCAAGGUGCUGGUGCUGACUUCUGCCCUGGCAGGGAGAAGAGGGAGCGGGGCUUUCCCCAGCAAUCCCCAGGAGCAGGGACCUCAGCCUGAGCUCGGCAGCAAGGGUGUUUCACGUCCCUUCAAACGUGACACCUGCUGGUAAUGAGGGCAAGACAUGUCCCUUGGGAAUAGGUGUCUGGGAGCACUGGCAACUGGCUAGGCCAAAAUCUAAAGCCAAGUAAAAGCAAAACGAAAAAAACCAACACCCUUUAGAGUAAAAGAAGAGACAUACACCCUGUGUUGUGCUUCUUUAAUGAUGCAGCUGGUGCUCGUUGCUACGUCUGCCUUACUUUGAGGUUUUAGAGUGAUGCAGCACUUCCAUUUCACUGUCAAAAUAACUGAGGGGCCAUGCAGGUUUAGUGUUUUAAAGCUUGCAGUUGCGGGUUAAAUCUGAAAAGGUUUUGUAAUGGAUCAGAUUGUUCUACUCCAAAACAUCCUGUCUUGUGGAGGGGUCACUUUCCAGCGGUAUAACACUAACAUGAAAUCUGAGCGGUAAUUAUCAUAGUCCUAAUAAAUCAUUCUCCAGAAAAUAUUGUGAUGUGGUAUGAUCAUCACAAGAGUCAAGACCAUGUCCUUAUAUGAUCUUGACAUGUCACUUAGCCUGUUGGUUCAAGUUUCCCUGCUUGUAAAGUCCUUGGCUUCCAGGGAUGUUUUGAGGCUUGAUUUCUAAGAGCUUGUUGUGCAUUGAGAUAACCCGCUGCAAAAUGCUGUGUCAGGUUUUUUAUUUCAUUUUUCUAAAAUCCACUUACCCCAAUAAAACAGGGAUGGUACGACACAUCAAAACCGACUAAACCAUUUUUUAAAAUUACUGUUUUCCAGGAAUGUUUUUUUCGGGAUUUAGUAGAAGAAAUUCCCUUGUUAAAGUAUUGGUAUUGCUUUAUGAUCAUUUAACUGACGUGUGAUUGAGCAAAGAAUCUGCUGUUUACUGCGUUCUGAUCUUUAUGUCAGAUUAAAAUUUUGCAGAAUCCUAACAUUUUUGGAAGAAACAAAUUGGUGAAACCAAAACAAGUUCCAAAAAAAGUUUGAUUUUUUUUCUUUUCUCUGGUGGGAAGUUUUUGUCCUGUGACCAACUCAUGAUUUAGAGCAUAGUUCAUGAAAGAGUUUAUUUGGUAAUUUAUUUUGAAGGUGAGAUGGGAUUAAAAGGUUGAUCUGAAUA